AUGGAGUUAGAGGAUACCGGGUAUGUAUAUGGUUGUCGUGUUCAUGAUAUGGUGCUUGAUCUGGUCCGUUCAUUAUCCAGUGAAGAAAAGUUCGCCGCUAUAUUCGACAGGUUCGCCGUGCACGGUAGAAAUGUUGAUCCUCAGCUGCUUAACAUGGGUUUGGCAAAGGCGAGGGAAUUUACACCACCUGAGGUAUAUCUUGGCAUUUGGAUCACACAUAUUGAUGAGCUCCCCAAGGAAGUAGGAGAUCUCAAGUUUCUGCAGACGCUGAAUUUGUCAGGUACUGGAAUGCAGCAGCUGCCGGAGUGUGUGGGCAUGUUGAAACAACUGUUGUGCCUACGCAUCAAUGACAGUAUAGCGGUGCCAGCUGGUUUGAUUGGGAGCCUUACUUCUUUGCAAGAGCUGAAGAUAUGGCCGGUUGAUGAUGUGUCAACAAGGCAGUUUGUGAAGGAGCUGGGCAAGCUGAGAGAACUAAGGAUCAUCCGGUGUACCAUUCAUGUAAUGGAUGAGAGCAUGGAGAGAGAUCUGCUGGAGUCCCUAGCAAAUCUCCACAAGAUCCGCACUUUGUGUAUUCUUGGCUCAGCGUUAGCAAGAGGGAUCACAGGGGAAGAAGCACGUUUUGUGCCCCCUCAGCGCCUUGGACAGCUAUGUUUGGAAUGCUUCAGGUUCUCUGGACUACCAGCGUGGAUCAUCUCGUCACUUCUCUUGAGCCUCACCCAUCUAGAUGUGACAGUGCACGUGGUGCAAGAACAGGACAUGGAAACCCUUGGGAGGCUACCAGAGCUCUGCUACCUCAAGCUGAAUUCAGAUCACACCAGGCUAGUAAGCAUAAGGAAGCAGGCUACUAAUGAUCUGCGCCGCUGCUUCCGGAAGUUGAGAUUCUUUCUUGCUCCCUCUUCAUUUGUCCGGUUUGAUCUGCACGGCUGCAAAAGGGACCCCAGCAUGGCACACUCCACCAUGAUGCCAAGCCUUGAAGCCCUUGUGUUUUCUGUCCAUGUUCGGUUCCUAAAAGAUAUGGACAUGCAGCCUGGCUUUGGCAACCUGAUUGGCUUUGAAAAAGUUGCUAGUGCUUCGCUCCAGAGGGUCACAGCUACGAUCCAAUGCGAGGACGCUACUGCUGAGGAGGUGGAGGAAGUGAAGGCAGCAUUAGCACGCGCAGCUGACCUCCAUCCCAACCGUCCCACCCUCAGAACUGAGAUGGAGAAUGAGCAUAAGAUGCUCUGAUUAUACCUACUGAUAAGUGAGAACGCAUUCUAUCUUCGUGAUAUUCUAUCAGAAUUCAUGGCUGUGCUUACAUUUAUUUUUAUUUUAUUUUUUUGCUUCAGCAUUAGAGUAAGACAGACUGUAAUAGGUGAACUAUUGUACCACUUUCUGACCACCGUUCACUGCUUGUUUUAACUCUCUUCUCCAAAUUGAAAGAAAGGGCCACCCCUGGUACAACAAUCUCUAACUCCAGAGCUGACAGUUUCAUGCUGAAGCUGUAAGUUUGAUUUCUGAAACUGCAUUUUUUGGAUGGAA